UCGUGAGCCUUGAAGCGUCGCCUGUAGGAAGUAACCCGAAUUAUAAAUGAGCAUUAUGGCUGCUUGUAAUCUUAACAAACUUCAGAAGAGACUUUCGUCGCAGUGUGCUACGGACAUGAAGCGUGUGAGAGUGGUCGUGGUUGGAGCAGGUGUGGUCGGUUUAUCCACGGCGGUCUGUAUCGCAGAGACUCUUCCGUACUGCUCAGUGACCAUUAAAGCCGAGAAGGUCUCGCCUGACACCACCAGCGAUGGAGCUGCUGGAAUCCUCUUUGCCUCGGAGUUCCUUGAUAUCCCUCGAGAGUGGCAACAGCGCUGGUUCAAGGAGACGUUUGAUCAUCUACUGGCUAUUGCAGAUUCCUCACAAGCAUCAGAUGCUGGAGUAUUCCUCAGCUCAGGGUACCAAAUAUUCAAGGACGUGCCCUGGGACAAAAAACCCUUCUGGUCAGAUUUCGUUCUGGGAUUCAGGAACAUGACAGAUCGUGAACUGAAGCGUUUUCCCAAGCAUAAAUUCGGUCAAGCUUUCACCACCAUAAAGUGUGAAUGUUCGAGUUACUUGCCUUGGCUGGAGAAAAGGUUUAAAGAAGCCGGUGGUCAAAUCCAACAUGAAAAGGUGACCGACCUUCAGAAACUGGCCCAGAUGUAUGAUGUCAUCGUUAACUGCUCAGGCCUAGGGUCUCGCUUCUUGGUUAAAGAUGAGAAGGUUUAUCCAAUACGAGGUCAAGUCUUGAAGGUUAAUGCUCCCUGGCUGAAGAAUUUCAUACGAGAUGGAGAUGGCAAGACCUACAUCUACCCUGGCAUCAGCCACGUCAUCAUCGGAGGCACACGGCAGGUGGAUGACUGGCGGAUGGAGGUGGAUACAGCGGACACUGAGGGGAUCAUGGAACGCUGUAGCCAGCUGGAACCAUCCCUGCUCAAGGCUCAGGUGAUAGGAGAGUGGGUGGGCCUACGGCCGGGCCGGGCGAACCUGCGAGUGGAGCUGGAAUAUCUGCACGUACAGGGCCGUCACGUGCCUCUGGUGCAUAACUAUGGCCAUGGCGGAUGGGGUAUUACCCUGAGCUGGGGCACUGCACUGGAUGCGCUCGGACUGGUGAGGCAAAGUCUGUUUGAAAAACCACCAUGUGCCAAACUGUGACUCUGCUCUGUGCCAUUGUGCUUACAUAUAUUUAUAUACACUCAUUGAACACUUUAUUAGGUACACCUACUAAUUCAUGUAACUAUAUAAUCAGCCAAUCAAGUGGCAGAAGUGCAUACAAUUAUGCAGAUAUGAGUCAGGAGCUUCAGUUAAUGUUCACAUCAACCAUUAGAAUGGGGAAAAAAAUGUUAUCACAGUUAUUUCGACCAUGGCAUGAUUGUUGGUGCCGGAUGGGCUGGUUUGAGUAUUUCUGUACCUGCUGAUCUCCUGGGAUUUUCACGUGCAACAGUCUCUAGAGUUUACACCGAAUGGUGCCAAAAAUAGCUGUCAGCUCGGACCAGUCUUGCAAUUCUCCGUUGACCUCUCUCAUCAACAAGGCGUUUCCAUCCACAGAACUGCCGCUCACUGGAUGUUUUAUUGUUUUUCGCACCAUUCGGAGUAAAUUCUAGAGACUGUUGUGUGUGAAAAUCCCAGGAAUUCAGCAGUUACAGAAAUACUCAAACCAGCCCGUUCACAUUUUUUCCUUUUUCUGAUGGUUGAUGUGAACAUUAACUGAAGAUCCUGACCCGCAUGCAUUGCACUGCUGCCACACGAUUGGCUGAUUAGAUAUUUGCAUGAAUAAGUAGGUGUACCUAAUAAAAUGCUCACCUAGUAUAUAUGCUGUGAAUAGGGUUUACUCACCCCUGUGUUGUUAUAACCCCAUUUGACUUUAUUUGUCUUAACACAAAGGGAGAAAUUGUGAAAAAAUAUUGUGCUCAAUAAUGCCACACAAUGGCAGUUUAUGGUGACCACCUCUUCAAGCGUCAAUGCAUGCAAAAGUAUAAUUCAGAAGUCUAAUAAAUUAUUCCAUGAGACUCAUUAUUAUUAUUAUCAGCUGUUAUAUCUUUACAUUUAAAAAGGUAACGUUAAUGGUUUCGAAGGAUGCUUCUUUAAAAUCAAAGGAUUAGUCAAAUUGAUGCCUUCAAGUCACUUUAAAUGUCGCAGUGAAUGCAAUUAUGACUUAUUCAACUCAAAAUCCUUUUUGAAUAAUUGACUUAAUUCAAAAUAGUCACAAAUUAAACAAGUCAAACUACUUCAGUUUCUAUCAUGCUAAAGGACAGAAUACUAAAGAGGAACUCAUAUGUGUGUACAGAGACACCCUCAACAAAUCUUAAUAGUCUAAAGCGUUCAUUAAACGCAAAUAAGAGAGAGGCACGCAACUAUUUCCAGUCAUGCCAGUGCAGCUCCAAUCUACUUGAAAGGAGAAAGAACAACACCUCAAAAACGGUUGUCAAGAUUAUGAUCAAAGAACAAAUUUCAAAUCAGCAAUAAAAUCUGACAAUACUGGUACCAUAAAUUGUGCUUCUUCAUCUUGUAUUACGCUAAAAAAAAAAAAACAUCCCGGCGUCUGUAGCUAAUGCGCAUGCGCGUUAUGGAGUUGAUUGACGGGUGAUGUCUGCAUCUAUAAGGCGAUUGGCUCUUUUACCUGUAAGGCGGAACUUUCUUUCUACAUCCGUUGGGCAUUCAGAGCUCCUUGGCUGAGUGUUAGAAGUGGCCCAUCUCUGCUAAAUAAUCUCUGAUGGUAUCAUUAGUGUUUUAUGCAUAUUUAAAAAUGAUCAGGGCCUAUGAAUUAAAUGAAAAUAAUACAAUUAUUGUAACAGUUUGAGUGUACAGUAAAGUGUCUGUAAGGCAUUACAUAAUUUGUACAUAAUUGUUUUAUUUUUUUUUUUUUUUACUUCAGCAGUGAAACCUACUUAAGACAAAUGUAAUUCUGGGUAGAGGAAUGAGUUUAUAGUAUAUUGUAUAAUUGUAAUUAAAUAAUGCUGAUAAUGUACAGCUAAUGUGUAUUUAAAGUUUUACACAUAUAGAUGUCAUGAAACUUUCACAUAUAUAUUUUCCAUAAAUACAAAUAAAUGAAGGUUUCUUGACAUUGGUAACAAUUUGAAUAUACAGUAAAUGAUUAGUUAAGCGUUAUAAUAUAUACUGCAUUCAUAUAUUCAAUUAUUACUACGGUAGUAAAGCCUACUUAAGAUAUAAUUCUGGGAUAACGAAUGAGUUGACAGGGUU